AUGUCAAGCCACUCUUCUCCAAGUGUCACUAAUACUUCAUCAUCAACUGUGUCGAAGUCUACCAAUGGUGGUACUAGUGCUUGGAAAUCUCACAAGAAGAAAUAUCAACCCAAUUUUUUAAAAUCAACUUCAAUUAUACAACCACCUCAUAUACCUCCCAUUGAAUCAUUUUUCUUAGAUAAUAUCAUUAAUGAAGAUCUUAAAGAUGAAUCUCAAGAAGUGGUGAAUCAAUUGUUGAAUGUGGCAAAGAAUUAUAAGUAUGAUCUACGACUGGAAUUUGAAAGAAAAUUAAAGAUUGAAAGAAAGAUUCAAGAUAAGAAUUCAGAUAUAGCUAAAUUAGCCAGUUCAUUAAGAAAGAUGUUACUUCAUAAACAAAAGAGAUUGCUGAAAGCCAUAUCUUUGACAACUUCCAAUGAGGAAAGUUUCCAUAGUGGAUUAGAAAGUGAUAUAGACCAAUUAUUAAAGUUAACCAUAGAUAACAGCAAUCAAAUUAAGAGUAUAACAGCAAGAUUAUCAAGAAUAGAUUCUAAAAUAAGUCAUAAGAAAGAAAUCCUAUCAGCUGUCAAAUCAACCAGACGGAAUGAUUUCCCUAAUGUACAUAAAUUACUCCAACAAUGGAAUCCCGAUCCAAAUGCCGAAGUUGAAGAUUCAGUAAUAAUUGAAGAUUUUACAAAUAAUAGAAACCUUAGUAUAAGUGAGAAUUAUCUUGAUGAUGAAAAUGACAUUGUUAAUGAGAAUGAUGAUGAGGUUGUUCAAGAAGAAGUACUACAACCUGAUAGAAUUGAUGAUAUCCCAGAAGAAAAUACGUUGGAAGUAUUAGAGCAAUCGUCAAUAAUAGAAGAAACUAUUCCUGAAACAGAACUUGUAAAAAUAGAACCUGUCAAUGAACCAUCCUCAACCACGAAUCAAGAAGUAAGGCCGGCAGACAAUGACAAAAAUGACGAAAAUGAUGAACCUAUGAAUCCAGAUGAAUUUGAAAUGUUUGUAUCUUCAUCUAUAUCCAAAUAUCGUGAACUUCAAAGUAAGAAAUACACCUCCACAGAUCCAUUCCUGAAUGUGGAGAAUACUACCCCGCCUGAUUCAAGAGAUACUAUUAACAAUGAUUCUGAUCUGACUGAUCGAUCACCUUUCCAUGUGGUGAACAAUCCCAUCAAUCUUUUAUACUCCACAUUAAUAUCAAAUCCAAAAUAUGUCGAUGCAUCACCUAUUCAAGAAUCAAAGUAUCCAUUUUCAUCACUAUUAAGUAUAAAAUCCCCGGCUACUAUUAAACUGACAUUACAAACUUCUCAUUUUAAAAAAUUAAGAAUCAAUGGUUCGCCAAUUACUUCUGAAAGUUUUAAGAAGAAAAAAGAGAAGGAGGAUUCAUUUCAACGAGAUAUCGAUGAGGCUCAUGAAGUCGAUGGUGAUCAUAACAAUCUAAGACGAAUUAAUCCAAGUCGUAAGGCUAUUGCUGAUUCGUUAUUAGAUACAUUGAGAUUAGGUAGUAGUGAUGAAGAAUUUUGGAAUUCUUCAGGAUUAACUAGUGAGAAUGAGACUGAAGCUGAUGAAUCAAUGAGCAACGAUGGAACAGGAACAGAAGGUCAAGAAGAUCAACCAGUUGCGGAUAGUGACGAGGAAGAAGAAGUGGCGUUUGACUUACAAAAGAGACUCAACUUACGUCGACCAACAGGACCAAUGUCAUCUGAAUCGUCCGAUACUGAUUCUUCAGAAGAUGUUGGAAGUAAUGAAGCUAGUAUAGCUAGUACGAAUGAAUAUUAUAAUAAUUUGAAAACUGGAUUGCUUAAUAAGAAGAAACUAAUAGCCAAACGACCCGAUCUGAGAAAAUCAAAACGAAGAAGUAACAAUUACAAUAAUUAUAAUAAAGAAUCAUCACCUACACCUAAGCAUAAACCAUCUCAUCAUAUAUUAAAACCAAAACGUUCGAUAUUGAAGACUAUAUCAUCUCCAAGAGCUCCCAGAACAAAGGGUAAUAAUCAUCCAUUUUUGGUGAAUGAAGGUGGAGUAUUUGGAGAAAUUGAUGAACGAAAUGCCUUAUCAUCUAUAAAUAAUGCAUUUGAUUCAAAGAGGAGAAGUUCUAUUGAUCAAACUAAUGCUAAUGGUCUUAUUCUAUCUAUUGCUGAUUUAACUCUUGAUCGUGAAACCACCCAUAGUAAAGGACGGGAUCAAAUUGAUGGAAAUGAACAACACGAUGAAGUAAGAGAUGGUGAAGAAGAUGUAAUAGAAGAGGAAGAAGAAGAGGAUGAGAUAAGAAGUUGGAAUGGUACUAAUUCUCAUUCUUCUGAUAUUAAUUCAAAAAAUCCAGUCAUUGUAACUUCAAUAACCAAAUUAAAAAAUCUUAUACUGUAA